AUGCGGCAGGACAAGCUGACCGGCUCCCUGAGGCGCGGAGGGAGAUGCCUGAAGCGGCAGGGUGGCGGCGGCGGCGGCGGCGGAGGCGUGGGCACCAUCCUGAGCAAUGUGCUCAAAAAGCGCAGCUGCAUUUCUCGGACCGCGCCCCGGCUGCUCUGCACCCUGGAGCCGGGAGUUGACACAAAGUUGAAGUUCACUCUUGAGCCAUCUUUAGGUCAAAAUGGUUUUCAGCAGUGGUAUGAUGCUCUCAAGGCAGUUGCCAGACUAUCAACAGGAAUACCAAAGGAAUGGAGGAGAAAGGUUUGGUUGACCUUGGCAGAUCAUUAUUUGCACAGUAUAGCUAUUGAUUGGGACAAAACCAUGCGCUUCACUUUCAAUGAAAGGAGUAAUCCUGAUGAUGACUCGAUGGGAAUUCAGAUAGUCAAGGACCUUCACCGCACAGGCUGCAGUUCUUACUGUGGCCAGGAGGCUGAGCAGGACAGGGUUGUGUUAAAACGGGUCCUGUUGGCCUAUGCCCGAUGGAACAAGAAUGUUGGGUACUGCCAAGGCUUUAACAUCCUGGCCGCUCUAAUUCUGGAAGUAGUGGAAGGCAAUGAAGGGGAUGCACUGAAAAUUAUGAUUUACCUUAUUGAUAAGGUACUCCCUGAAAGCUAUUUUGUCAAUAAUCUCCGGGCUUUGUCUGUGGAUAUGGCUGUCUUCAGAGAUCUCUUGAGACUGAAGCUCCCCGAAUUAUCUCAGCACCUGGAUACUCUUCAGAGAACUGCAAACAAGGAAAGUGGAGGUGGAUACGAGCCCCCACUUACGAAUGUCUUCACGAUGCAGUGGUUUCUGACUCUCUUUGCUACAUGCCUCCCUAACCAUACAGUCUUAAAGAUCUGGGAUUCAGUCUUCUUUGAAGGUUCAGAAAUCAUCUUGAGAGUGUCGCUGGCCAUCUGGGCAAAAUUGGGAGAGCAGAUAGAAUGCUGUGAGACAGCAGAUGAAUUCUAUAGCACCAUGGGGCGCCUUACCCAGGAGAUGCUAGAGAAUGACCUUCUGGAAAGCCACGAACUCAUGCAGACUGUUUAUUCUAUGGCUCCAUUCCCUUUCCCACAAUUGGCAGAGUUGAGGGAAAAAUAUACCUACAACAUUACACCAUUCCCAGCCACAGUUAAACCCACCUCAGUUUCUGGACGACAUGGUAAGGUCAGAGACAGUGAUGAGGAGAACGACCCAGACGAUGAAGAUGCUAUCGCUAAUGCAGUGGGGUGUCUUGGGCCUUUCAGUGGGCUCCUGGCACCUGAACUGCAGAAGUACCAAAAGCAAAUUAAAGAACUGAAUGAAGAGCAGAGCCUGCGGUCUAAUAACAUCGCCGAGCUGAGUCCAGGAGCAAUCAAUUCCUGUCGAAGUGAAUACCAUGCAGCUUUCAACAGUAUGAUGAUGGAACGCAUGACCACAGAUAUCAACGCGCUGAAGCGGCAGUAUUCUCGGAUUAAGAAGAAGCAGCAGCAACAGGUGCAUCAGGUGUAUAUCAGGGCAGACAAAGGGCCAGUGACCAGCAUUCUCCCAUCUCAGGUAAACAACUCUCCAGUUAUCAACCACCUUCUUUUAGGAAAGAAGAUGAAAAUGUCAAACAGACCUGCCAAGAAUGCUGUCAUCCACGUCCCUGGUCACACAGGAGGCAAGAUGUCUCCUGUCCCCUAUGAAGACCUGAAGACGAAGCUCAAUUCCCCGUGGCGAACGCACAUCCGCGUCCACAAAAAGAACAUGACGAGGACCAAGAAUCAGCUGGGCUGUGGGGACACCGUGGGGCUGAUAGAGGAGCAGAACGAGGGCUGCAGGGCUAACAGCCUGGGGGUAGCGGAGGCUUCUUCCAGGUGUGCAGCAACAGCUGGGAGCGAGGGUCACUGCUCCGAAGGCAGCACUGGGAGGACGAUCGAAGGGCAGUCUCCAGAGCCCGUGUUCCGGGAUGCCGAUGCCGAUGUGUCUGCGGUCCAGGUGAAGUUAGAAGCCUUGGAACUGAAUCCGAGGGAUGCUGCUGCCGACCCUGAGCCCAAGGCACACCCGCCCUGCCCGCAGCACUUCCCAGAGCUGCCUGAUGCCCCUGGUGAAACCAGAGUCCCCAGCAAACCUCCCCAGGGCAGCCACCCGAAAGCGCCCAUCUUUAGCCCUUUCCCCAGCGUCAAACCACUGCGGAAGUCAGCCACCGCCAGGAAUUUGGGACUGUAUGGUCCUACGGAAAGAACCCCAACCGUGCACUUUCCUCACAUGAGCAGGAGCUUCAGCAAAUCGGGUGGUGGAAACAGUAGCACUAAGAAACGAUGAUGGCCCUCAGAAACUGAAUCUAGAUUCACCUUCUCAUGGCAGUCUGAGGGUUCCAGCUGAAUGGCUCCAAAAGAGUUUUGACUGUCCAGUGAAAACGAAUAGAUAGGUUCAGAGUUGAACACCAGUCCGUGAAAAUGGGAACUGGAAGUUUUAUACUGGGAGCUAGAAUGGGUAUGUUUUCCCCCACCCACCGAUAACGGAUCCAGUGACUUCUUGUGGCAGAAUAAAUAUUGUAGUUUUAAAGUG